AUGGCCGUGCGAUCCCCGCCGCGCCGACCAGACAUUGUGCCUCGAGACCGUGUGCCUCUCUUGGUUGGCACCGAAGAUCCAACCCUUGUGAAAAGGGUGCCUUCGACAUCUACGACGACCGCAAGCUCCCGUUGUCCUGAGGGUGACACCUCCAGUGCAUGCGAGAAAUAUACAAAUUCGGCCAGUACAACGACCUUGCCGAUAGUACUAGGCGCAGUAAUCCCAAUUAUAUGCGCCAUUAUCGUCCUGUUUUAUCUGCAUCGGCGGAAUGUGAAGAAGCUCCGGCAGGAAGAUGCCAAUGACAAGCAUAAAUCUCUCGAUUUUGGCUUAGAUUUGGAACCCAGAGCUGGGUCUAAACCAAUGACGCAGGCAGAGAAAGGGAGCAACCUGCAUGCCAAAGGAAUGUCCCUCGACAUAGGCCCAAGCCCCUAUCUCCUUCCUCCUGGUCUGCAUGGUUCUCGGGAGUCGUUACACUCCCUUUCAAGAUCUAUGAUUGGUGACGACGAUAAAUACCGCCAUGCAAGCUCAUUCCUCGGUGAUAAUGCAUCUGUCAGAUCGCAGCCGAGGGGAUUCCACGAUGACACGUCGGCAUUCUCCAGAUCGCAGAGUAAAGCCAGCCUGCGAGGAGAUGACAUGAACCAAGGUUUACUGCAGAACGCCCAGAGAAUUUCGCGUUCGUCACCGCCACUGUAUAAUGCUCCUUCGGACGGUGGUAGCUUGCACAGUCCGCUGGGCCAAGGAAAUGGGCAGGAUGUGGGGUUGCAGUUGAAUCUCCCGCGCAGUUUGAGCCCCGUUCACAUACCGGGAGUCAGUGGUAGCCGUGGAACAAGUCCAGCACCAGGUGGCCAUGCCGACGGCGGCGAGGACAUAUCAUCGUCGGAGGCCCGCCAUGGCAAUUUGCCUCAACAACCUCCCAAGAACGCCAUGGACCCUUCAAUGGACCCUUCAUUGGACCUGCAUCUCGGCACUCGUGCACAACAGAGUCGUCCCAUUCAUGAAGCUCUGCCGACUAGUUUUGACUCGGCUGCGCCUUCAAAGCAGUCACCAUCCUUGCCAACACCUCGGAUUUCACUUCCUGUGAGCGAUGCAGCGAGCGACUAUGGUGAUAAUAGAAAGUCUUAUCCUGAGAUCCCGGCAGUGAAUGUCUACGGGGCCGAAGAUGCCCAGAAGCGUGACGCGGCCCCAAAUCAUGCAGCAGCUCCUGCUAUCCCUCAGGAGCCGCUGCAGUCUCAGAAUCAAAGCCUUGAUGUUCGUCGUGACACACGUAGAUUCACCCUGGGACUUCGCCCUCUGCCUCCGGAGGAUCCAUCAGACAAUCCUGAGCAGCGUGCCAACCGUAUUCGGUCGUUUUACAAGGAGUACUUCGACGAGUCUAAGACGGGCAGGGAAACCAUAUACGAGGACUACGGUCCAGAAUACUUUCAGGACGAUGGUUACGUCUACGAUCCUACCACUGGUGAAUACUAUGAUUCAGUUCCAGCACCAUUCGCUGAGCCCGUCAAUCGUCGUGCCAUGACGCCGCCUCCACGCGCACCACCCCGCUUCCAAGGAGCUGCCAGGCAUAUGGCUACAGGCUCUGUGGGUGGUGCCAGCGAUCGGUCCAACUAUCCGGGACCUCGUGCUUUCUCUUCGGCUUCUCAUCGGUUGCCCGGGCCUCGAGCUCCUCGCAAGCCAAUGCCGCCCCCGUCACCACUUCAAGUUCUACCUUCUCCUCACUUGCUGAAAGAGGAUUCCCUUAUGAUCGCUGCCGAGUAUGCCCCAGGCAUGAACUUCAAAGACAAAAAAGAAGGACGAGCAGAGACACCUCUUGGUGGACUGCGGCCUUACACUCCGGUAGCACCUGCUCGUACACCUCUUGCCUCCGCUUUCGAUGAGCUCGCACCGAUACCCAGCCCGCAUGCAUUGCGUAAAUCAGGAACCUUCGAUAACCUUGAUUUCGCGCCUCCGCCUCGCUUCAAGAACGCAGAGACCGCAAGCGACGCCGGCAGCAUUCAUAGCAACCGCACAGGAAUCUCUGCCGCUCAUUUGCAUAACAUUCGCACGGGUGCGUAUCGUGUCAGCCGGCUUCCUCCAGGGACUGUAGGCACGAAAGACGACUUGAUGUCCAAUCUUCGUCCAUCAUGGGAUAUGCGGCAAACAUAG